AUGUACUCAACCAGCAUGUUCACAAAUCCAUAUGCCAUAGAAGUACUGAGGACUAAAAAGGAUGAACUUGCAGAAGGCAUAAACAACCCUGACCACCUUGUGAACUGGCUGAUAGACAAUGGCAUUCUUACACCAGAGAAGAAAAUGGCUUUAUCCCACUACAGGACACGAAUAGCAAAGAACUCCCGAGUUUUGGACAUCCUGAUUUCUCAAGGUGAGCGAGCUUGCAGGUUGUUUUUUUAUCCCUGUCUAAAACAGAUAGAGCCACAACUAUAUAACAACAUGAGGAAUUAUGUCAGUGAUGUGAAUGAGAGAAUUAGAGAUGCAAGAAGGCAACUGAUAGGGUACCUACUUGAGAAAGACAAAGGGUGGGUUCAAAAGCCAAAGGAUCAUCACCAAAAGAACAAAGACGGCCAUAGACAGGUUUUACCUGUAGAAACUGAUUCUGAUUCUCUUUGUAUCUUUGAUUCUGUGGCUAAAGGUAAUCUUUCUGAGCUAGAAAAAACUUUAAAGGACAGUGAUAUUAAUGCAGUGAACUCCUCAAAUGAAACCCUCCUACAUAUUGCAGCUGCUCAUGGACACAUCAAGAUAAUCGAUUAUUUAAUCAGCAAAGGGGCCAAACUGGAUGCCAAGGAUAAAGAAGGAAGAACCCCACUGCAUAGAGCUGCUGAGAAGGGUCAUAACGAAGCAGUGAAAAUGCUGCUCCAGGCUGGUGCUGAUAUAUACAGCUUGAAUCAAGAAGCCAAGACACCACUUCAUUUGGCCAAUUGGAACCACCACACCCAGGUUCUCAAGAGCAUUCUGAGAGAAGAGGCAAGACGAUACAAGAACCAGCACAAUUUCCUGCACAUGGCUGCCCUCAAAGAUGACAGCAACUUGGUGAAAAUACUCUUAAAGCAUGGUGCUCUAGUGGAUACCAAGGAUGAGAAAGGACAAACUGCUCUGGGCUACGCUGUGUCUCAUGGGUUUGAGAAGACAGUGAAAGUCCUGCUGGAAGCUGGAGCUGACAUUGAUUCCAGCAUCACUGAUGCAGCCUUUAAUAGCAAUAACCAAUCUAUUUUCAAGUUAUUGUUGGACUAUUCCAAAGGAUUAUCACCCGAUACGAUGGUGUCAGCUCUCUAUAAAGCCAUACAGAAAGACUUGCAUGGCAUUGUAGCUGCUUUAAUUGAAAGAGGUACAGACAUAAAUGCCCACAAUGAAAUGCACUACACACCUUUGCUUGUGGCGUGUGAAAUGGGAAAGACGAAGUCAGCAAAGGUUCUUGUGGACAUGGGGGCCAGCUUGAAGGACAAGACUCCCAACUCAAGCAGUGCUUUGCACCUGGCAGUUCAAGCUGGAGCCUCUUCCAUUGCAAAGAUGCUUCUAGGCAAAGGAAUGGAUGCUAACUUGGCUGGCCAAGGAGAUCAAACACCCCUCCAUGUUGCUACAUUACACAAUAAGGGAAUGCUGGUUGGCCUAUUAAUUGAUGCAGGGGCUAAAAUCAAUGCAGUCACUAAAGAGCUACUCACUCCAUUGCACAUGGCAAGUCAUAAGGGCCAUGUUGAUAUUGUUCAAAAGCUACUGCACUAUGAGGCCAAUGUCAAUCUUAAGGACAGGUGGUCCAAGACACCUCUGCAUCUUACUGCUGAAACAGGAAAUCCUGCUAUAGUGGAACUACUUCUCAAUUCUGGUGCUGAUCCCAAUGCAGCAGAUAAAGAGAAAAAGACCCCACUUCACCUUGCAGCCAUAGGAAACCAUCUUAACACAGUGAAAGCUCUGUUAGGUAAGAAUAGUAGGUAUGGUGCCAAAGACAUGGAUGGCUGUACACCAAUGCACUAUGCAGCCAUUAAUGGGAAUACAGAGAUAGUAAAAACACUUUUGCUGGCUGGGAAAAAUAAAAAUAUUGAUGAUCGAAACAUUUGGAGAAAGACUCCACUGCAUCUAGCAGCAGAACAUGGACACAGCAACUUACUACAGCUCUUACUGAGCAACGGGUCAGCUAUUAAUGCUUUGGACAACAAUAAAGACACACCACUGCAUUGUGCUUGCAAAGCUGGUUAUUUUGAUUGUGUGAGUACACUGGUCCACCAUUCUGUGGGGGAGAAAGCAAACCUACAGGCUACAAAUAGCCUGAAAAAGACUCCACUACAAACAGCAGAAUCUAGCUCAAUGGAAAACCAAGCUCAGAUUGUUAUACUUUUGAAAAAGAAAAUGUUCUUGAUAAAGUAA